AUGUCAAACAAGGUAAUUGUUUAUUUCGGCGCAACUCUCGCAGUCAGUGAACUCCGAAUUCUUUGUAUCCUCCACAAUUGCGAACCAACAAAAUAUCGAUGUUUCCCACCAAGACUUCCCAAAACUCGCCCUCACAACAUUGGUAGGGGACGCCCAUUAUUAUGACACCAUUUGGUGAAUAAAAAUCUCAUUUUUCUUGUUUUUGGUGAAACUGUGGGCAAAAAUGGAUCGAAUUCCUCCACAAAAUACUGUUUCAAUGAGACAACACACUGUUGAUACAAAUUUAUUUCUCGUGAUUCUAGUUUUUGCUUGGAUUUUUACUUUUACAUUUCGACGGCAAAUUCAAAAUCCAAUGGCUCAUUGUGCAACUAUUAUUGGGAUCAUCAUCGCAGUUUUCACGUAUGUUUGGACUUUCGAAAAAUUGAAAUUGAAAAAAAAAAUGAAACAUUUGAAAUUUAUCAGUCUAAUUCCAGAAAUCCUCGACAUUCUCACGAAAUCUCUGAAUUUUCUGGCAUUAUGGUCGAAGUUAUGCUACCACUCAUGAUACUUUUUUUGCUGAAAGAAUUGGAUCGAUCAUCUCGUAGACCCAUUCUUCCUGCAACUUCAACGCAACAAAAUCACGAAACAAAUCUUUGA